AUGGCAGUCGACGCUCACGAUUACGCAUCUCAGCAUGCACAGGCAGGAUUAUCGCCCGACUCAGCGCCUGAUCCCAUCGACAUCGAAGCUCAAUCUCCUCGUGGCCGAUCCUCUCACAACGAUGACCCUGUAUCCCCCGGCGCAUUCUCAGCAUCAGCGCGUGUCGACUCAAUUUCCACGAUUAGACGACGCUCAAAGAGGACAAAUACUCUACAUUCCUAUCACCGCGAAGGAGGCUCCAGUCCCGAGCGACACUGGAAUGCCGGGAAUGAACCUGGCAUAGAUCCAAACAGGGCCUCACCACUCUCCGAAUCAGAAUGGACUCAGCUCCCCAUAGACCUACAUCGCAUUUGCGAAAUCACCGUUGUCGAUUUUUCACAGGAGGAUAUGCGGCAGUACGUGUUGGAUAAUAGCUCAAUUGAACAAUUUCUGGCGCGGGAACGGGAGUCUUGGGUACAGUGUCGAUGGAUAAAUGUGAAUGGAUUGAGUUGGGAUGUGAUUCGCAUAUUGGGCAGACACAAGAAUCUACACAGACUGGCGAUUGAGGAUCUGAUGCAUCCACAUAAUCGGACCAAGGUGGAUUGGUAUUCGGAUCAUGCGUAUAUUGUCAUGUCGUUGCAACGACUUGAGAAGCUGCGUCAUCAUGAGAAUGAUAAUACCGAUUCUGAUGACUACGAUGAUCAUAAGCCUUCGGAUGGUGGUAGCGAUACGGAUUCGAGUGAAAGUAGCUUACCUCCGGUAGUUAUACGGAGAAGGAAAUGGAAUGUUAUUAAGGCUGCUCUUCAGGAUCUGUUGUUCCCCAAAUGGAGCCGAAAACGAGACCGCAAGAAGGUCAAGUUUGCAGGACCUGAGCCCAGUUUCAAUGGUGGGAAAGUAUCGAAUGGUGCCAACACUGGAGAUUUCCUGAGGAUGUCGCCCAUGCCUCGCACAUUACAGCGGUAUAGGGGUGGGCCGAACGAAGAAAGAAUAGAAUUCAUGGAACGCCAUGCAGUGCUCGCAUCUCAGGGUUUGCGCGUGACCUUGGAGCAAGUUUCGAUUUUCUUGAAUGCUGAUAACACGGUUCUGUCUUUCUUCGAUGCUAGUGCGGGUGACAUUGAGUCUCCUAUUGUCAAACGACUCAGUUCACCGGAGACCAUUCUACGCAAAUCUUGUGAUGCGAGCAUGCUUGUUCAGGCUAUUCUGGACGCUAUCAUCGAUCUUGCCAUCCCAGUUACACUCGCUUAUCAGGAUGCAAUCGGUGAUCUUGAAGUAGCCGUACUGACAGAUCCCAACAUCGACCAGUCUAAACUCUUGUAUAUUCUUACUUCUGAGAUUUCCGUGCUGCGUAACGCCAUGCAGCCAAUGGUGGCAGUCAUAAAUGCACUUCGGGAUCACCGCUCACAACCUGUCCAAACACCAGGCGUAGGAAGUAUCAAUAUCGGAUCUCUGAGCAAGACUAAUACGAAUACAACCACAGACGGAAGUCUGCCUAGUUUUCCGUUUAUAGGAACUGGAACUCCGAACUUGAAGAGUGUUGGCGCUUCGACUAUUACUAUCAGCGCCAUGUGUCAUACCUACCUAGGUGACGUGCUGGAUCACUGUAUAACCAUCGUUGAAGGAUAUGAUCAAAUGAGACGGUCUGCGGAUAAUAUGAUUGAUCUUAUUUUUAACACCAUCGGUGCCUAUCAAAACGAGAGCAUGAGACAGCUCAGCUUCAUUACAGCUUUGUUCCUUCCGUUGACGUUUCUGUCUGGAUACUUUGGAAUGAACUUUGUAAACUUUGCUGGCGUACAAGAACACAGCGACGCUUAUUUCUGGGAGAUAGCUGUUCCAUUCGUUUUUGUACUCACGCUAGUGCUCAUGCGAGACAUGAUCGGUCGAUACUUCCUAAAACUUGCUCAGAGAAGACUAUUCUUCAGCUCGAGAAAGCAUCGCCAGGAACGAAAACGCGAGAGACGGAAUCGAUAG